AUUUUACUCGUUAUUAGUUUAGCGAUAAUAGGGGUCAGUCUUUAUGUUCACAUGGAUUUCGAUGAUAUUAUGAGUAAUCGGAUUAAAUCCGAAAUGAUUAUCAGUAAAGACAGCGCUCUAUACGAUGAAUGGCUUAAGAAUAAAAUGACAGAAUCGGCCAAAUUCUAUGUGUUUGAAGUGGAAAAUCCGAGCGAUAUUCUCAAUGGUAUUAAGCCUAAAGUCAAAGAAGUCGGUCCUUUUGUAUUCAGAGUUAAAAAGAUUAAAGAAAACAUUCAAUUCUCAAUGGAUAAGACAUUAGUUUCAUAUGUGGAGAGAAAAGUCUAUAUGUUUGAUGAAGUAAUGUCUGCUGGAGGUCUGGAUGACAACAUUACUGUUAUUAAUGUCCAAUUUAUGGUAUUGAACCCAAUGCUAACCGAAUUGUCUCAGAGCUCUAAUACAGUGUCGAGAAGUAAUAAUUCAGUAUUGAAUUCAAUCUACGAUACGUUUAGAAACAAUGUGUUUGUCUCGAAAUCCGUUCGAGAGAUACUCUUUGGAUUCAAUAAUAAUUCUCAAAUCCAAAUCAUUUCUCAAUACUUCCCAACUCUAUCCAGAAGUGGUGUUUCGGUUCCCAAACUUUUGGCCACAGAUUUCGCUCUCUUUCCAAACAAUACGGAGAAUAAGUUUGAAGUUUUAACGGGACUUAAGACCGGUCUCUACUCUAAGAUACUUAAAUGGAAUGACAAAUCGAGUGUAAACGCUUGGACGGGUCGCUCCUGUAAUGUCAUUAACGGCACAAACGGCUAUCAAUAUUCACCACUAAUUGCUAAGAAUGACAGACUAUUUGAGUAUUCAACUGAUAUUUGCCGUUCAAUUGAAAUGAGUUAUGAAAAUAAGUACGAAAUCGAUAGCCUUCCUGUGUAUCGAUUCAGUCCCGUCGACAAUGCAUUCUUUGGUCCCAAAUUCAAUAAAGACAACACCUGUUAUUGUCUUUCGCCUAAAACGCCAGAGAAGUGUAAUUUCAUCGGCAUUUUAGACCUGUCUUCGUGUACCGGCGCUCCUCUUAUUCUAUCAAACCCUCACUUCAGGCGGGCGUCGGAUGUGUUGGCCAAAAGUGUGACCGGACUCUCGCCUGAAGAGCAAUUGCACCAAACGUUCGUCGAAGUGGAGCCACUCUCAGGUUUGGUCACAUAUAAGGCCCGUCGGUAUCAAUACAACGUUCACAGCAAGAAAUGCCCAUUAAAUCAAAAUGUGGGCAAAACCCUGAAAGAAGCCAUUAUUCCGAUUGUAUGGUUCGAAGAGUUGUCUGAAGUGGAGGACGAUUCCAAAGACACCAUUAAAUUCGUAUUCGUUUAUCCGACCAAAUAUGAAGAGAUGAUAGCAUUUGGCCAAACUCCACUCUCUAGACUAAAAGCUAAUCCACCGAAGAGGCCGUCCACUGAUCGCCAAAGCGGUCAAAUGCACCGCAAAGGCACUGCACCGCCGCCGCCACCACCUCCUCCUCCACCCCCACCACAGCCUCCGCUACUCAUUAAUUACAAAUCAGAUAAUGACAUCACUUCAGACAUCAAACACAUUUCAUCCACAGAUUCGCGACAAAACCUGUUGAAAGACAUCCGAAGCGGAACCCAAUUGAAGAAAGUGGAGACCAUUGACACCAAACCCGCACUCAUUGGCCACCAACCCAUCGAUGAGCCAAAAGCUCAGCCAAAAGGUCUUAUAAUGUCUUCACUUAACAGUGAAUUAGAAAAGUUUAUGCAAAGAAAGAAUUCGGAGACCACGACCUAUGGCUCAAGAGGUGGUCCGCAGAGUUAUUACCGUUGGAACAGUCAUAUCAACGACAGAAACAACAACUCGACGCUCAACCUCAGGACCCGUUUCAAGACACCUCCCGUUCCCAUCGAUCACAACGACAAACACAACCAAUUGGUGGCUCAGGAGUUGGAACAGAUCGACAGCGACUUCAGCGAUGGCAGCGAUGAUGACAACGAAGAGGACAACAAUAGCGUGGAUGUGAUGGUCAGAAACGAUACAAACAACGGCCCGAUUGGUGGCCAACGGAUCGGCCACUCGUUACCGAUGGCACCGAUGGUUAGGCUCUCUAAUGGCAACAAUGCUGUCAUAUAUGACAAUAACUCGCAAACCAUUGUCACAGAUAUCUAUCAUAUCGUCAACAGAAACGCUAAACACAUGUAAAUCGCAAUCAAAUCCAAAGC